AUGCGCCCAAAGGCUCAGCCUGAGGGAGCAGAGGCUAAGCUCGCGCAGCUGUUGCAGCUGCCACGCAACACAAAGGAGAGAGAGACAGGAAUAGGGAUAGAGCGAGAGAAACUGCCACAAAUGUUGCCGCCACGGCUGCUGCGCUUGCGGCUGUUGCGUGUGCCGCUGCAUUUAAUGGAAUUGCGCAUUUUGUUGCUGUGCCUGCCCACCUUGCUGCUGGCCACAACGCUGGAAACAGACCAAAAGUCAAUACUCACAGAUAACGAUUGGAAGAAGCUAUGGACGCGCAAUGGCAUAAAUGCCGAUUCCAAAUUGGAUAAUAAUCUCGACUCCAGCGACAGUCCCAUGUUCGAGGACAGCGAGCUGAUGGCGCACAAUACAACCGUCCAACUGGGUGGCACCGCCUUUCUCGUCUGCAAAGUCACCGGCGUGGAUCGUGUGGGUGUAAAUUGGAAUCAAAUAUCUUGGAUACGUCGCCGGGACUGGCACAUAUUAUCCUCGGGCGCCCAGCUCUACACAAAUGAUGAACGCUUUGCGAUACUCCACUCGCCCGGCUCCAACAUGUGGACGCUGCAGAUAAAGUUUGUGCAGCGACGGGAUCACGGAAUGUACGAGUGCCAGGUAUCCACACCGACUGGCAUCAUCUCGCACUUUGUGAAUCUUCAAGUGGUUGUGCCCGAGGCAUUCAUACUUGGCUCUGGUGAACUGCAUGUUGACAUGGGCUCAACAAUCAAUUUGGUUUGCAUUAUCGAGAAGAGUCCCACACCACCGCAGUACGUGUACUGGCAAAAAAAUGAUCGUCUCAUCAACUACUAUGACUCGAGGCGAGACAUAUCCAUUGAAACGACACCGGGUCCACGCACACAGAGUCGCCUCAUAAUACGGGAGCCCCAAAUCACCGAUUCUGGCAACUACACCUGCUCUGCCAGCAACACCGAGCCAGCUAGCAUUUAUGUCUUUGUAUCAAAAGGCGACAAUAUGGCUGCCAUAUCGAGGCGUAAAACUUCCUCGGCCGAUCGCAUUACGCACAUAUUUAGGUCAAUGCUGGCGCCCUGUCUGCUGCUAAACACGGUUGUCGUUAGACGCAUUUUCUUAACCUAAGCAACCAAAAUUGAAAGAAUAUUAAAAAUAAAAUAUAAAAAACAAAAUAUUAAAUAUAUAUAUGAUAUAUAUAUACAUAUAUAUAGUACAGAAUCCUAUUUAAGCUAUUUCAAUGUUAGAAUUUAAACAAAAACAAAAAACAAUACAUAUAAAUACAAAAAAAAAAAACCAAAAGUAAAACAAAAUCUAGCGUAAAAUUUAAGCUAAGUUCCAUCUAAAGAAAACCAAAAUCUGUGUAAAAAUCAUGUUAUAAAUCUAUCUCUGUCUCUGCUAGGCAUUUACAAGUUAAGUUAAACUUACAAA